CAUUUGUUGACUUGGUUGAGAGAAAAAUCUAAAAAUCUAAAAAAAAACUAUUUCAAAGUAAAUCCAGAUCCCCGAGAGUGGCUGAAAGUGUUGAAACAUUUGGUUGCAGUGUUAUCAAUAAAUGGCAACGUGGUACUGUAACCCAGCUACUAACUCUGAGGCAUUCCCAAGGGGUAGGCCACAAAUCAUCCGCCGAAAAUCCCAUGAACUUCCCAUCGCGGAAGAAGAAGACCUUCCAACCAUACCCGAGGCUUCCAUUGAAACAGGCGGCACUGAUUUCGUGUAUGGGAACUCUCUAAAUGGAGGAGCCAAGCAAAGAAAUGGCUGGGGACAGGGUCAGAAUGCUGGCAUGAGCAAACCGUCUGAUGAUCAGUACAGUUGGCAAGGAUGGAGGAAAGACAUGACGUCUGAUUAUGAUAGUUCGAUUGUAUCAAUAGAAUCGACAGAAUCAGGCGACCAGGACGAUUUAUAUGAUGAUACUUUGCUCAAUGCUGGCCUAGAUGACACUGGCGGUGCCAACGGACAUGAACCUUUUGGUAGACGGCCAUCAAAUGUGAAAGACAUGGUCGACAAUUUUGAAGAGUCUGACCAGUUUAGGCGAAUGAGUCUUGGGCAGGGUCAACCAAGUAGUGGGAUUUACGGAACGGUGUCAUUUUCGUCUGUUGGGUAUGCCCAGCGGUCGGAUGUUGACUCUUAUGAUGGUUCGGUCUCACCGGCACCAGGGAUGACUGAUGGGCCGCAAUUUAUGAACCAGUUGCAUGACGCACUCCAGAGGCGUCAGAGUAUGCCGCAAGAUGGUGUGCCGUCAGUCUACACCCUCGAGAGUGAUGUUAAGAGAAAUGGAGAUCAUUCGCCUCUGUCGCCAUACCAUACAUAUUACUCAAAAGAACAACUAGUCAAACCAACAGGAGAGUCACCUGCGUAUGUUCUGUAUGAUGAUGCUAAUCGAGUUCGUGACGCACCCCCAGCAGAGAUCACUGACCUUGUCCGACCUUCAAAGAUCGAUUAUGGAGACGAUGAGCCAAUUUAUCAAGACCCAUCAAUCUUGUUCGCAGGCAUGACAGCCGAGAAGGACUCCUAUGACCCCGUCAUCGAAUAUCACGACUCUGACUCCGAUCAGGACUACACGUGGGGAUCGACUGAAUUCGACUCGUUCUCUGAUGAGGAGGAAAAAGAGGCCACCUUGAAAGUCGACAAAAAGGAAAGAAGAAGAAGUAGUGCAGGAUCGGCCGGAUCUGGUAUGCUUGUGCGAAUCCGUCAGACAAUCCGACAAAUCCGAGAUGAGCCUGAAUCCGAUGAUGAUGAAAUGUAUAUAGAGUUCAACGUGAACGAGAAGAAACAUCCCCCGCCCACCCUACCGCCGUGCCCAGACAAUCUCACGCCAGAAGAAACCAAGAGACGUCACAUUGUCGGUUGCAUCAUCGAUAGUGAGAACUCGUAUGUUGCGUCUUUGCAUCGGCUGGUAAAGGAAUACCAAGUGCCGCUAUUGGAAUCUAGUCCACCAAUCAUAAGCCGGGUCAAAGUUCGUACAAUAUUUUACAAAGUCAAGCAGAUUUUGCAGUGUCACACAAUGUUCCAAAUAGCGCUGUCUGGUCGGGUGGUGAAUUGGGACAAGGAGCAGAAGAUUGGAGACUGUUUCACUGCAUCAUUCUCCAAGUCCAUGGUUCUAGAUGUCUACAGUGACUUUGUCAACAACUUCUCUGUUGCAAUGGAUCUGGCUAAGUACUGUGCCAAGCAGAAACCAGCUUUUGCAGAAUUCAUGCGGCAAAAGCAGACGUCAAGCGCUGACAAGCUGUCCAUAUUUGGUUUGAUGGUUAAACCAGUCCAGCGCUUCCCACAGUUCAUUCUAUUGUUACAGGAUCUACUGAAGCACACCAGCAAGGACCACCAUGACCGCCUGGCCCUUCAACUCGCCCUGACCGAACUAGAGAACUUAGCGCACAAACUUAACGAUAGGAAGCGUGACAGUGAACAGUGCCAUGCAGCCAAACUGGUCUUCAGCAACCUGAAUGUCAAACUGGUCCAGAAAACCUCCGAUGCAGAACCGCACUUGAUACGAGAGGAUGAUGUUGUGGAAUCGCGCCUUACUGCGGCCACCACUGGCGCUCAGAUAAAACGUCUCCAGAGUAAAGGUUACCAGGUUUACAACCACAAUGGUAAUAUGAUCAAAUCCAAACCACGACACCUGGUGAUGCUGAACGACACGCUGCUCUGUGCUGGCGUACAGUUCAGGGAAACCGACAUGGGGAGAUUUGAGAAAUACCACCUGAAACUCAGUGUGCCGAUUAAGAAUGUUCUCGUUAAGGAUACCGUCAUCACUCCAGAUACCAAGGUCGGCGUGAGAGGUCAACUCGGCAGAAUCACCAUAUGCUCCGUCAGACCCAAUCGGCCAGAUAAGGGCUCGGAUGAACUCUACCACGAGUUGGACAACCUUCUGCAUGAUUUCACUAUCAUUAGCCAGAUGUCGUCACUGGUCUCAUCUCUCAAGUGUUCAUAUGAGAAACUAAACGAAGAACUUCUCCAGGACAUGUCAAGAGAAAUCCAAGUUGAAAUCCAGCGGUUGGAUGAUCAUUUGAAAACUAUGGACAGUUCAGCCUUACAGCUGGUCUUCAGAUCAAAGUCGGGUCAUAAAGAGCGUCUCCACAUACAAAUGGGAACUCCUGAAGCCAAACAGAGCUGGCUGGCGGAUUUGAGGACAGCCCAGUUGGCAGCAUCUGAUGCGAACAACCCAGGUUGGAUGGAGAAGGAAGGCAAAACAAAGCGAGUGUCAACUCAGCUGCCUCUCUUUAUGGAUCCAUUACAUGUCAAUAUCACACAACAGAAUGACAGGGUGACUUGUUGUGUCGCCUUCCUCCUUCCCUCCUACCGAGAAGAUGGCCGCGCCCGCCAAUUUCUCUGGUUAUGCGGCGGCACAGAUUUCAGCAGCAGCGUCACAGUGAUAUCCCUCGGUUCGGAGGAGGUCCAUGUGACCGAGUCUUUCACAGCCUGCGAUGGACAAAUUCUCUGCACGGAACUUGUGCCUGGUUGCCCGGAGACGGAGGAUGCGGCGUUUGCUAAGGAGACAGUAUGGAUGGGGACUUCUACAGGAAGGAUAUUUGUACAUCGUCUCCAAGACGGCCAUCGCCAGGACUCUUUACUGUCAUUCUCCGCCCGUAGCAGUGUUCUAUCACUUUGUUAUGCCAAUGAUAAGGUGUUUGCUGGCCUACAGAGUGGAGAGGUAGCAGUCUACCAGAGAAACCAGGAUGGUUCUUGGAGGUCGGUUGAGCCCACGUUUCUUCCCUUGGCCAGCCAUCCAGUAACGAGCAUCCUGGCAGUUGAGUCCAAUGUGUGGUGCGCCUGCGGUAAAUCGAUACACAUUCUUGAUUCAAACUCUCUUAAAGUUGAGAAUGUGUUCAAGUUGAGCAUUGGCAAGCCUAAAGAUGACGUCCACAUCAAGUUCAUGGUGCGUGCAGGUGUCGGCUUAUUCAUCUCCUUCUCCAAGAUCGCCGUGAUUCAGUUGUACCACAUGGAAACGUUAGACCAUCUCCAGGAUAUCAAUGUGGCUUCAUCAGUUGCAAGGUCAAAAUCAGGCCCCACCAAUGAAAGCGAACCUGUCUGCGUGUUCCCUCCAGAAGAAAACCAGCUAGCAGACGUCAAGGUUGAAAUUACCGCCAUGACAGGAAGUAGGUCCUGGCUCUGGAUCGGGACUAGUGCCGGACGAAUCCUCUGUAUUCCACUGCCAAGACUUGAAGGAGUGCCCCUCACGACUGGCCGGCCGCUCGUGUCAUAUCACGGACAUGAUGGACCUGUGAGCUUCCUUGUCCCGACUGUAAAACCGUUGAUACCAUCAAAGUUAUUAAUGUCAAAGGUGAGGAAAUUGGUGGUGGAGGAGGAUGUGAAAAAUGACGCGGUUGCAGAAGCUUUGGAAAGGUCGGCUUCCAAAGUAAGUGUUAAGGGGAAGAUAAAGAACUUCAAACUGCCCGAUUUCAGGGCGUCGAAACGUAAAAGCGGGGGUUUUAAUAUGCAACGGAAUUCUCCAAGUUUUGUCAAGUCGCCUCCGAGGCGGAGAUCCAGUGCUCGUGAAGAGGAACCGGGCUUGGUAAAGGCAAAAUCACUUGGGAAUCUAUCAAAGUUGGACGAUAGUGGAGACUACAUUGAUGACAUCAAUGAGUUGUAUUCCUCACUCAUGUGUGAGAGAGACUCUUUCGAAGAGGAAGAUGUGUACGACUCGCUUCUUGCCUCUGGCUCGGAUCACAGCUUUGUGGAAAGCCAGGAGGAGCCUCUGUACAUGACAUUUGACCCCGAAUCGGAGGAAGCGGUAAAUUAUCGAAAAAAACUUGCUGCAACUAAUCGUCGGCAGUCGACAGGAUCUGUAACUGGUGAGCGCAGAUCAUCUUAUACUUUACCUGCUAAUCUGAAAUCGGGUUCCAUUCGGGAAAACAAUAGACGAAGACCCAAAUCGGAGGCAUACAGCUUCAGCAGUGAGGAGGGAAGAUUUGAGGAGGCAGCGUAUGCAAGUUUGCCUUCCACGGGUAUAAAAUCAUUGGACGAUGAUGAUAUGAAAAUCAUGGAGGAGCCACAGGCAAAAGGAAAAGAAACGGAAACUAAGCGUGAAAGAACGACCAGUCAUGAUGUGAAAAAGUCCAAAAUGAACUUUGUUGGGAAUUCCUACAUCGUGAUGAGUGGGGGAAAGAACUACAAGAGUUAUAAACUGACUGGGUCCAACAAUUCAAAGAUCGUUAAAACGAAUGAACCGUUGCUACUGAUGUGGCAAUGUGCCUUAUAGGUAGAAGGAAACAAGGGAAUUGAUUAAAAGGUGCUUUGUCAAGGCACUGGUUUGAAAAUGUGCAGUUGAAGGAACUUAAUUGGAAAGGUGCAAUGCAAAUGACUUAAAUUUGAAAAAGUGCUGUUGGGUGUAAUGGAAAUCUGUGUUGAGAAUCCUGUGAUCUGCCUUGGAGAAUGCUGUAGAAAGACAAAAGAUUCAGUUUUCAGAUGUCUCUUUUAUCUCACAGUACAUUGGCACCAUUCGCUAGUCACCCGCAAACCAUUACUAGAUAUUGGAUCCCCUAGCUCCUGCCUAUAUCCUUUAACAUUUCUGCCUUCCAAUACCUUGUCACAAUUGAGUUGUGUACUUAUUUAUGAAAGCCACUUCUGGCUUUUCUGGUGCUUGUACACAGUGUUCUAUUCACACAUGUACCCAAGAUUACUGAUAUGCAAUAUUUCUUUGCAAAUGAUACUAGUUAUUAUGUUUUCAAUUUCUUGUCAAAUUAGAUUAUUCAACUGAUAGUAGUCCACAUUCUUUGAAAUGAAAUUGUAUCAGAAGGUGGUACGAUGUACCUGUUAAUUCAUGAUCAAAUAUUUUCAUACAUCUAUAUAUGAAAUGCAAUGCCUGUGAAAAGAAAUUCUGUUACUAAGAAGAAAGAGUAUGUUGGCAGAAGACUCUAUUAUCCACUUUUAUAGUCCAAGGCCUUUGGUUUCUUUUGCCAUGCACCUUAGGGACAAGGAUUACUUUUACAUCUGUUCUCCCAUAGCAGAAACCUCGUUCCUAAGGGAUUGGUCCUUCACACUGUGGAAUGUGUGUCCUAGUGCAGUAAGGUAGUGCAAUGAAACAAUGCCUGUUACUAUUGUGAUCUCUGUAAAUAUCAAAACAUUGAUGAAAUUUUCUCAAAUGUGUCAUUGCAUAAUUCAAACUUUGAAAUGAAGUAUUGGACUUCAAGUACAUUAAAGCUGCCCAAUAACUCUGCCCCUUUACACAGAAGUGCUGUUUUUGUUCACAUUCAGUGUCCAAGGGCAUUUAAUCCUGCUGGCCAUGUGUUGUUUCUGCCUGAUAAAAGUCAAAAAGUGCAUUUGGGAGCCGAAACAUCCUUUUUGCCACUUUUGUGACAGGGCCCAGAUAAUCUAAUUGGGUUAGCCAUUCUUGAUAAAAAUAAUGUUGUUUAUAAUCAUUUAAACUUCAAUCAAUGUCCAAGUAACAUUGUGAAAUGCAAGGAAAAUAAAAUGCAUUGAAAUGCUUGCUUUAUUAAAAUUAA